AUGUCAAGUGUCUCCCUCGAGAAAGACCUCGGCGGUGUCAGGCCUGUUCUGAAAGGAACCGCAGAGGAGAUGAGAGCUCAAUUCAGCGGUCUUGGGUCUGCCUUAGCACCUUUAUAUCCUCGCCCCUCCACCUCCGUCAAGACCGAGCACGGCAAACUCGACACCAUCGAAUAUCGUGUUUACACUCCUCUCAAAUCUGAAAACGAUAAACCAUUUCCGAUCGGGGUGUACUACCAUCCUGGAGGCUUCGUACUUGGACCCAGCGACUACGACGACGUCUUUUGCCGUGCCAUCGCCGAAAGAGCAAACACCAUCAUCGUCAGCGUGCAAUAUAGAUUGUCCCCGGAACACAAGACACCUGCACACCUUGAUGAUGCGGUGAAGGGUUUCGAAUGGGCCUAUCGGAAUGCUACUCGACUUGGAGGCGACCCUACAUGCAUGUAUGCCGUGGGCGUUUCAGCAGGAGCUGGACUUGCCCUCUCCAUCUCGCGCCGCAUCGCCUUGGGCCAUUCCACAGCAGACCCGGAAGCCGUCAAGGGAAUUGUCGCUCUCUGCCCCUACGCGUUUCAUCCAGAGAACAUCCCGCAGACGUACAAGGCGGCCCACACGUCCUCUCAAGAGCACAUCGAUAACGUCCCCAUGAUUGACGGAACUUCGAUGCGCCAGUUCUUCGAGUACGCCGGGCUCCGUCCGGACGAUGAGGAUUACUUUCCUCUUCUGGACCGGGAUCACCACAAGAAUUUCCCUUCCACGUACGUUGUGACUUGCCAGUUUGACCCGCUGCGGGACGAUGGGAAAGUCCUGGCGCAAGCUCUUUCGGCGGCAGGAGUCCCGGUCAAGACGAAUCAUUACACUGGCCUUCCUCAUUGUUUUCGGGUGUUUCCUUCUGUAACCGAAGGCGAGACGUUUAUGAAUGAUACUCUUGAUGGGCUUAAAUGGGUGCUGAGCCAGAUUUAA